UGCACCCUAUAGAGUUGCCUUUCUAUUCGUUCAGGCCCUGUUCUCGACAAAACCAGGGUUUCGGCUUUUCCAUCCCAUCUGAUCCUCUCCUCUCAGUGACUAACACCUUCUACGUCUUACGACUAUCCGAGCCAAUGUAGCAGACGGAAUAUUGAAAGGUCGCUUCGUUCCGUCGGAGUGGACCGCCCCUCCAUCCGCCAACUAGCGCCUGCAGAACGUCUUUGCAUUUCCUUGUAGGCGGCCACUCUGCUGGAGGAACCCCCCAGAGGCUCCAACGAAAGCUCUUGAUGGCCCAGUCCCUUGGAAUCCCGUCAAACCCUUUUAGGCAGGCGACGAAAUCGGCUCCCGGGUGGGGAUUCCUUCAAGAACAAGCAUUAUUCAACCUGGAAGAUCUGACUCUAUCCACCUUCCCUAACGGUGAACCUCCAAGAGGAUCUCGUCUCGUCUCGAGCUGCCUCGAGCAGGCUCCCGCUUCCCUCUUGCUGUUCCAUUUUCUCUAAAUACGCCCACUUCCGUCACUUUGCUCCUCUUCUCGCGUCCGAUAUCGCUUUUCAACAUUCGAGAGUCAUCAACCUUCUGCCACCGCUCCCGAUGACUGCUACACUGACUCAUACUAAAUCUACCACGACCAGCAUGGCGUCGGGAAGUUGGAACAACUUCCACGUCGGGCGAGACUGCGGCCAUGUGAAAUGGUCUCGCAAGAUUGCUCCCAAAUUGACCGUCUCCUCCGGUCAGACGGUCUCAUUUGAUGCCAUUGACAGCAGCAACGGCCAGCUCAACACCGCUUCGGACGCAUCGGCUAUCUCGACGCUGGAUCUCGGCAUCGCCAACCCCGUUUUCGGCCCGAUCUAUGUGCAAGAUGCACAGCCCGGCGACGUUCUCAAGGUCGAGGUCCUAGCCCUUGAAGUCGCAGACUGGGGAUGGUCCGCCAUUAUCCCCGGCUUCGGUCUGCUGGCAGAGGAUUUCCCUGAGCCCGAGCUGAAGCUCUGGUCUCUUGACCGUGAGAAGGGAUACGCUCAGUUCAAGGAUAUGCGUAUUCCCCUACGACCAUUCCUAGGCUGCAUGGGCCUCGCGCCGGCCACGGACGAAGAGCUUUCCACCGUGCCACCAACUCACGCCGGUGGUAACAUGGACUGCCGCGAGCUCAGCGUUGGCUCAACCGUCUACCUUCCCGUCCAGACUGCCGGCGCCCUCUUCAGUUGUGGUGACGGCCACGCCGCCCAGGGCCAGGGCGAAGUCUGCGGCACUGCCAUCGAAACCCCCAUUAAAGCGACCCUCCGCUUCGAGCUCAUCAAGAACCAGCCUUGGAUUACCGCGCCCCAGUAUCAGACCCCGCCGCGCGCUCAAAUACCCAACCCCCUCCCAGACCUCGGAACCUACGGUGCACUCGGCGUCGGCCCAGACCUUUUCGAGGCCGCGAAGAGCGCUACCCGCAGCCUUAUCCAAUGGCUCAUCCAUACCAAGGGCCUUUCCAAGAGCGAGGCGUAUAUCCUGGCCAGUGUUGCCGGAGACUUACAUAUUACUGAGAUUGUCAAUGUGCCUAACUAUGAGGUGUCCAUGAACAUCCCCUUGGGCAUUUUCAGCUCAGAGUAAUACUUUGGUGAUCGCGAUCCUUGGAUGUUUUGUCUCCGAGUCUUUCUAGUUGCGGAAAUAUGCGGGGUGCUUUGCGUGAUGUGAUUGAUACCCAGGGGUGCUGGAUGACAGUACUCUGUUUUUUUUUUCUUCUCCUUUUGUAUUGCACAUACAUGAAUGCGACUUAGCCUUGUUGAUUUUUUUAUUUUCCUUUUUUACUCUGCAUGGCAGCCACACUUUCAUCUUGGACAUACCCUAAGCGAAUAAACAUGAUCAUGAAAAUACGUGACACAUUCUCCU